GACUUCAUCAGAGUAAAAAAAGGCCUACAAUUAUUUUUUGGAUUACAAUUCAACUGAAUUGCCUUAGUCUGCUUAUAAGAUGGGGGAUGCUGUGAUGGCGGAGUUUGGAGCAGCUGCUCCUUUUUUGCGGAAGUCGGAUAAGGAGCGUCUGGAGGCCCAGACUCGCCCCUUCGACAUGAAGAAAGAAUGCUUUGUGCCCGACCCUGAAGUUGAGUACGUCAAAGCCUCCAUCACCAGUAGAGACGGUGACAAAGUCACAGUUAACACUGAGUUCGGGAAGACAGUGACUGUGAAGGAAGGUGAUAUUCAUCCUCAGAACCCGCCAAAGUUCGAUAAAAUUGAGGACAUGGCGAUGUUCACCUUCCUGCACGAGCCCGCUGUGCUGUUUAACCUCAAAGAGCGUUACGCAGCCUGGAUGAUCUACACCUACUCUGGGCUCUUCUGUGUCACUGUAAACCCCUACAAGUGGCUGCCAGUGUACAACCAGGAAGUUGUCAUUGCUUACAGAGGAAAGAAGAGGAGUGAAGCUCCUCCUCACAUCUUCUCCAUCUCUGACAAUGCCUACCAGUACAUGCUGUCAGACAGGGAGAAUCAGUCUGUCCUGAUCACUGGAGAAUCCGGUGCUGGAAAGACUGUGAACACUAAAAGAGUGAUCCAGUACUUUGCGAGCAUUGCAGCUGCAACAACAGGCAAGAAGGAUCCAUCAGCAGAGAAAAAGGGUACUCUGGAGGAUCAAAUCAUUCAGUGUAACCCCGCUCUGGAAGCUUUUGGCAAUGCCAAGACCAUCAGGAAUGAUAAUUCAUCUAGAUUUGGUAAAUUCAUCCGUAUCCAUUUUGGAGUAAGUGGAAAGUUAGCUUCUGCUGAUAUUGAGACUUAUCUACUGGAGAAGUCUCGUGUCACUUAUCAGCUCAAGGCUGAGAGAGACUACCACAUUUUCUACCAGAUCCUGUCUCAGAGAAAACCAGAACUUCUGGAGAUGCUGCUCAUCACCAACAACCCGUAUGACUACACCUUCAUCUCCCAAGGAGAGAUACAAGUGACCUCAAUUAAUGAUGGUGACGAGCUGGUGGCAACUGAUGAUGCCUUUGAUGUGUUGGGCUUCACCCAAGAGGAGAAGAACAGCAUCUACAAGCUGACUGGUGCCAUCAUGCACUAUGGCAACAUGAAGUUUAAGCAGAAGCAAAGAGAGGAACAGGCCGAGGCUGAUGGAACUGAGGAUGCUGAUAAGGUUGCAUAUCUGAUGGGCCUGAACUCUGCUGACCUCAUCAAGGGUUUGUGCCACCCAAGAGUCAAAGUCGGAAAUGAGUGGGUCACCAAGGGACAGAAUGUCCAGCAGGUGUACUACUCCAUCGGUGCUCUGGCAAAGUCAGUGUAUGAGAAAAUGUUCCUUUGGAUGGUUGUAAGAAUCAAUCAAUCCCUGGAAACCAAGCAGCCACGGCAGUAUUUCAUUGGUGUACUGGACAUUGCUGGAUUUGAGAUCUUUGAUUUCAACACCUUUGAGCAGCUGUGCAUCAACUUCACUAAUGAGAAGUUGCAGCAGUUCUUCAACCACCACAUGUUUGUGCUGGAACAAGAGGAAUACAAGAAGGAGGGUAUUGAGUGGGAGUUCAUCGACUUUGGCAUGGACUUGGCGGCUUGCAUUGAGCUUAUUGAGAAGCCCAUGGGUAUCAUGUCCAUCCUUGAAGAGGAGUGCAUGUUCCCCAAAGCCAGUGAUGCCACAUUUAAAGCUAAGCUUUAUGACAACCACUUGGGGAAAUCCAACAACUUCCAGAAGCCCAGGAUUGUCAAGGGUAAACCAGAGGCUCAUUUCUCUCUGGUUCAUUAUGCUGGCACUGUUGACUACAACAUUUCAAACUGGCUGGUGAAGAACAAGGAUCCUCUCAAUGAGACAGUUGUGGGAUUAUUCCAGAAGUCAACUCUAAAGCUGUUAUCUAUACUGUUUGCAAAUUACAGUGGUGCUGACUGUAAGUACACAUUGAAGUGUGACAUGAAAAUAUAUUAAACCCAAACUUUUCCAAUAAUAACAAAGUGAAUGUAUUUCACAGCUGCGGAUUCUGGUGGUGGUAAGGGUGGCAAAGGAGGUAGCAAAAAGAAGGGUUCUUCUUUCCAAACAGUGUCAGCCCUCCAUAGGGAGAAUCUGAACAAGCUGAUGACCAAUUUGAGGUCAACUCACCCUCACUUUGUGCGCUGCAUCAUCCCCAAUGAGACCAAGACUCCUGGGGCGAUGGAGAAUCCUCUGGUCAUGCACCAGCUGCGCUGUAACGGUGUGCUGGAGGGCAUCAGAAUCUGCAGAAAGGGCUUCCCCAACAGGAUUCUGUAUGGAGACUUCAAGCAACGUUACCGCAUCCUAAAUCCUGCUGCUAUCCCUGAGGGACAGUUCAUUGACAACAAGAAGGGUGCAGAAAAACUUCUUGGUUCUCUGGACAUUGAUCACAACCAGUACAAGUUAGGACAUACUAAGGUGUUUUUCAAGGCUGGUCUCCUGGGUACACUUGAGGAGAUGAGAGAUGACCGUCUUGCACUUAUUAUAACUGGAAUUCAGGCAAGGGCUCGUGGAUUUCUAUCAAGACUUGAGUUCCAAAAGAUUGUUGAACGCAGAGAUUCAUUGCUUGUGAUCCAGUGGAAUGUACGUGCCUUCAUGGGUGUCAAGAAUUGGCCCUGGAUGAAGCUAUACUUCAAGAUUAAACCACUGCUGAAAAGUGCUGAGACUGAGAAGGAGAUGGCCAACAUGAAGGAGGAAUUUACCAAGCUGAAGGAGGCGUUUGCCAAAUCGGAAGCCCGCAAAAAAGAGCUUGAAGAGAAGAUGGUUUCUCUUCUCCAAGAGAAGAAUGACCUGCAGCUUGCAAUGCAGUCUGAACAAGAUAAUCUUUGCGAUGCUGAGGAGAGAUGUGAGGGUCUGAUCAAGAACAAGAUCCAGCUUGAGGCCAAAAUCAAAGAGCUGACUGAAAGACUGGAGGAUGAAGAGGAAAUGAAUGCCGAGCUGACGGCAAAGAAGAGAAAGCUGGAGGAUGAAUGUUCUGAGCUCAAGAAGGACAUCGAUGAUCUUGAGCUCACUCUGGCCAAAGUGGAGAAAGAGAAACAUGCCACUGAGAACAAGGUUAAAAACCUGACAGAGGAAAUGGCAGCUUUGGAUGAAAUUAUUGCCAAGCUGACCAAGGAGAAGAAAGCUCUGCAGGAGGCUCAUCAGCAAACGCUGGAUGACCUCCAGAGUGAGGAAGACAAAGUCAACACACUUACCAAAGCCAAAGCCAAGCUGGAGCAACAAGUUGAUGAUCUUGAAGGUUCUCUGGAACAAGAAAAGAAAAUACGAAUGGAUCUAGAGAGGGCUAAAAGAAAGCUUGAGGGUGACUUCAAGUUGACACAAGAAAAUGUGAUGGAUCUGGAAAAUGAUAAGCAGCAGAUGGAGGAGAGGCUAAAGAAAAAAGACUUUGAAAUAGGCCAGCUCAACAGCAAGAUUGAAGAUGGGCAAGUUCUGGAGGCUCAACUCCAGAAAAAACUAAAAGAGUUGCAGGCCCGUAUUGAAGAGCUUGAGGAAGAGCUGGAGGCUGAGAGAGCUGCUCGUGCCAAAGUUGAAAAGCAGAGGGCAGAUUUGGCCAGAGAACUGGAGGAGAUCAGUGAGAGGUUGGAGGAGGCUGGUGGUGCCACUGCUGCCCAGAUUGAGAUGAACAAGAAACGUGAAGCCGAGUUCCAGAAACUGCGCAGAGACCUUGAAGAGGCCACUCUGCAGCAUGAGGCCACUGCUGCUGCACUGAGGAAGAAACAUGCAGACAGUGUGGCUGAUCUGGGAGAGCAGAUUGACAACCUUCAGAGAGUGAAGCAGAAGCUUGAGAAAGAGAAGAGUGAACUCAGACUGGAACUGGAUGAUGUGGUCUCAAAUAUGGAACAGAUUGUCAAGACAAAGACAAAUCUAGAGAAAAUGUGCAGAACUCUGGAAGACCAGAUGAGUGAGUACAGAAUCAAAGCUGAGGAAGGCCAGCGCACAAUUAAUGAUUUCACCAUGCAAAAAGCCAAGCUGCAAACCGAGAAUGGUGAACUUUCGAGACAGCUAGAAGAGAAAGACUCUUUGGUGUCUCAGCUGACCAGAAGCAAGCAGUCCUACACUCAGCAGAUUGAAGACCUCAAGAGACAAAUGGAGGAGGAAGUGAAGGCUAAGAAUGCCCUGGCCCAUGCAGUGCAGUCUGCUCGACAUGAUGCUGAUCUGCUGAGGGAGCAGUUUGAGGAGGAGCAGGAAGCCAAAGCUGAGCUGCAGCGUAGUCUCUCCAAAGCAAACUCUGAGGUGGCUCAGUGGAGGACCAAGUAUGAAACAGAUGCCAUCCAGAGGACUGAAGAACUAGAGGAAGCAAAGAAGAAGCUGGCUCAGCGCCUCCAAGAUGCAGAAGAAGCUGUGGAAGCGGUCAAUGCUAAAUGCUCCUCUCUGGAGAAGACCAAGCACAGACUGCAGAAUGAGAUUGAAGAUCUCAUGGUUGAUGUGGAGAGAUCCAAUGCUGCUGCUGCUGCUCUGGACAAGAAGCAAAGAAACUUUGACAAGGUCUUGGCUGAGUGGAAGCAGAAGUAUGAGGAGUCCCAAACUGAACUGGAAAGUUCCCAAAAAGAAGCCAGAUCUCUCAGCACUGAACUUUUCAAAUUGAAGAACUCUUAUGAGGAGUCACUAGACCACCUGGAGAGCAUGAAGAGAGAGAACAAGAAUCUCCAAGAAGAAAUCUCUGACCUCACUGAGCAACUUGGUGAGAGUGGGAAGAGUAUUCAUGAGCUGGAGAAAGUUAGGAAACAACUGGAGCAGGAGAAACAAGAGAUACAAGCUGCCCUGGAGGAGGCAGAGGGUUCCCUUGAACACGAGGAAGGCAAGAUCCUUAGAGCUCAGUUGGAAUUCAAUCAGAUCAAAGCUGACAUUGAACGCAAGCUUGCUGAGAAAGAUGAGGAGAUGGAGCAGGCCAAGAGGAACCAGCAGAGAAUAGUGGAUACCCUUCAGAGCUCACUUGAGUCAGAGACUCGCAGCAGGAAUGAAGCCCUCAGACUGAAGAAGAAGAUGGAGGGAGACCUCAAUGAGAUGGAGAUUCAGCUCAGCCAGGCUAACAGGCAGGCAGCAGAAGCCCAGAAACAACUCAAGGGUCUUCAUGGACAUCUCAAAGAUGCCCAACUGCAGCUGGACGAUGCUCUUCGUGGUAAUGAUGAUCUCAAAGAGAACAUCGCCAUUGUGGAGAGACGCAACAAUCUGUUGCAGGCUGAACUGGAUGAGUUGAGAUCCCUGGUGGAACAGACUGAGAGAGGAAGGAAACUGGCUGAGCAGGAACUGCUGGACGUCAGUGAGAGGGUUCAGCUGCUGCACUCUCAGAACACCAGCCUGCUGAAUCAGAAGAAGAAGCUGGAGGGAGAUAAUUCUCAGCUCCAGACUGAGGUUGAGGAGGCUGUGCAGGAGUGCAGGAAUGCUGAGGAAAAAGCCAAGAAGGCCAUCACUGAUGCUGCCAUGAUGGCAGAGGAGCUGAAGAAGGAGCAGGACACCAGUGCUCAUCUGGAGCGCAUGAAGAAGAACAUGGAGCAGACCAUCAAGGACCUGCAGCACCGUCUGGAUGAAGCUGAGCAGAUCGCCAUGAAGGGAGGCAAGAAGCAGGUCCAGAAACUGGAAGCCAGAGUGAGAGAGCUGGAAAGUGAGGUGGAAAUAGAGCAGAGAAAAGCCAGUGAUUCUGUCAAGGGGAUUCGUAAAUAUGAGAGACGCAUCAAAGAACUUACCUACCAGACUGAGGAGGACAGAAAGAAUCUGGCCCGUCUGCAGGAUCUGGUGGACAAACUUCAGCUGAAGGUCAAGUCCUACAAGAGAGCUGCAGAGGAGGCUGAGGAACAGGCCAAUUCUAACCUGGGCAAGUUCCGUAAACUGCAGCAUGAGCUGGAUGAAGCAGAGGAGAGAGCUGAUAUUGCUGAAUCUCAGGUCAACAAGCUGAGAGCCAAGAGCCGUGAUACUGGAUCCAAGAAGGGGACUGACGAGGAGACAAAGGUGGGGCAUCCGUGGCUGACAACCAUUUUGGGAUCAGUGACUCCCUUUAAAAAGCUGGCAUUCACUCUGGAGUGGACAAGACACAGGACAAACCUAAGCAUAACACCAGUUAAGGGGUACAGAGAUUUUAAAAUGGGUGACGCGCUAAUGGCGGAGUUUGGGACAGCCGCUUCCUUCUUGCGGAAGUCGGAUAAGGAGCGUCUGGAGGCCCAGACUCGUCCCUUCGACAUGAAGAAAGAAUGCUUUGUGCCCGACCCUGAAGUUGAGUACGUCAAAGCCUCCAUCACCAGUAGAGACGGUGACAAAGUCACUGUUGACACUGAGUUCGGGAAGACUCUGACCGUCAAGGAAGUUGAUGUCCACCCUCAGAACCCGCCAAAGUUCGAUAAAAUUGAGGACAUGGCGAUGUUCACCUUUCUGCAUGAGCCCGCUGUGCUGUUUAACCUCAAAGAGCGUUAUGCAGCCUGGAUGAUCUACACCUAUUCAGGGCUGUUCUGUGUCACUGUCAAUCCAUACAAGUGGCUGCCAGUGUACGAUUCCUCUGUUGUCAAAGCUUACAGAGGCAAGAAGAGGACUGAAGCUCCUCCUCACAUCUUCUCCAUCUCUGACAAUGCCUACCAGUACAUGCUGUCAGACAGGGAGAACCAGUCUGUCCUGAUCACUGGAGAAUCUGGUGCUGGAAAGACUGUGAACACCAAGAGAGUCAUUCAGUACUUUGCCAGCAUUGCUGCUGUAUCUGGAAAAAAAGAUGCAGCUUCUGAGAAGAAGGGUACCUUGGAAGAUCAAAUCAUCCAAGCUAACCCUGCCCUGGAGGCCUUUGGCAAUGCCAAGACCAUCAGAAAUGACAACUCCUCACGAUUCGGUAAAUUCAUCCGAAUUCACUUUGGUGUGAGUGGAAAACUGGCUUCUGCUGAUAUUGAAACCUAUCUACUGGAGAAGUCCCGAGUAACCUUUCAGCUCAAGGCUGAGAGAGACUACCACAUCUUCUACCAGAUCCUGUCUCAGAAGAAACCAGAACUGUUGGAGAUGUUGCUCAUCACAAACAACCCCUAUGAUUACUGCUACAUCUCGCAAGGAGAGACACAAGUGGCAUCUAUUGAUGAUGCUGAAGAGCUGAUGGCCACUGAUGAAGCCUUUGAUGUCUUGGGCUUUACUACAGAUGAAAAGUCAGGCAUCUACAAGAUGACUGGUGCCAUUAUGCACUAUGGUAACAUGAAGUUUAAGCAAAAGCAGAGAGAGGAACAGGCAGAGGCUGAUGGAACUGAAGAGGCUGACAAAGUUGCGUAUCUGAUGGGCCUGAACUCUGCUGACCUCAUAAAGGGUUUGUGUCACCCAAGAGUCAAAGUCGGAAAUGAAUGGGUCACCAAGGGACAAAGUGUCCAGCAGGUGUACUACUCCAUCGGUGCUCUGGCAAAGUCAGUGUACGAGAAGAUGUUCCUUUGGAUGGUUGUGAGAAUCAACCAAUCCCUGGACACCAAGCAGCCUCGCCAGUACUUCAUCGGUGUGCUGGACAUUGCUGGAUUUGAGAUCUUUGAUUUCAACACCUUUGAGCAGCUGUGCAUCAACUUCACUAAUGAGAAGUUGCAGCAGUUCUUCAACCACCACAUGUUUGUGCUGGAACAAGAGGAAUACAAGAAGGAGGGUAUUGAGUGGGAGUUCAUUGACUUUGGCAUGGACUUGGCAGCUUGCAUUGAGCUUAUUGAGAAGCCCAUGGGUAUCAUGUCCAUCCUUGAAGAGGAGUGCAUGUUCCCCAAAGCCAGUGAUGCCACAUUUAAAGCUAAGCUUUAUGACAACCACUUGGGUAAGAACCCUACUUUCCAGAAGCCCAGGAUUGUCAAGGGUAAACCAGAGGCCCAUUUCUCUCUGGUUCACUAUGCUGGCAUAGUUGACUACAACAUUUCAAACUGGCUGGUGAAGAACAAGGAUCCCCUAAAUGAGACUGUGGUUGGACUCUUUCAAAAGUCUACUGUGAAGUUUUUGUCCUUCCUCUUUGCUAACUAUGCAGGGGCUGAAUCAGCCCAAGAUUCAGGCAAAGGAGGUAAAGGAGGUGGCAAAAAGAAGGGAUCCUCUUUCCAGACCGUGUCAGCUCUCCACAGGGAGAACUUGAACAAACUGAUGACCAACUUGAGGUCAACUCACCCCCACUUUGUGCGUUGCCUGAUCCCUAAUGAGACAAAGACUCCUGGGGCGAUGGAGAAUCCUCUGGUCAUGCACCAACUGCGUUGUAACGGUGUGCUGGAGGGUAUUAGAAUUUGCAGAAAAGGAUUCCCAAACAGGAUUCUUUAUGGAGAUUUCAAACAAAGAUACCGUAUUCUGAACCCAUCUGCUAUCCCUGAGGGACAGUUCAUUGACAAUAAAAAAGCUGCUGAAAAAAUGCUUGGCUCACUGGACCUUGAUCACAGCCAGUACAAGUUAGGACAUACUAAGGUGUUCUUUAAGGCUGGUCUUCUGGGUACCCUUGAAGAGAUGCGAGACGAUCGUCUUGCUCUCAUCAUUACUGGUAUUCAAGCAAGAGCACGUGGUAUUCUCUCAAGAAUUGAGUUCCAAAAGAUUGUUGAGCGCAGAGAUUCAUUGCUGGUGAUCCAGUGGAAUGUACGUGCCUUCAUGGGGGUCAAGAAUUGGCCCUGGAUGAAGCUCUACUUUAAAAUCAAGCCUCUGCUAAAAACUGCUGAGAAUGAGAAAGAAAUGGCCAACAUGAAGGAGGAAUUUACCAAGUUGAAGGAGGCUUUUGCCAAAUCUGAAGCCCGCAGAAAGGAGCUUGAAGAAAAGAUGGUUUCUAUGCUCCAAGAGAAGAAUGACCUACAACUUGCAAUGCAGUCUGAGCAAGAUAAUCUUUGCGAUGCUGAGGAGAGAUGUGAGGGUCUGAUCAAGAGCAAGAUCCAGCUUGAGGCCAAAGCCAAAGAGCUGACUGAGCGACUGGAGGAUGAAGAGGAAAUGAAUGCCGAGUUGGUUGCAAAGAAACGAAAGCUGGAGGAUGAAUGUUCUGAGCUCAAGAAGGACAUUGAUGAUCUUGAGCUCACUCUGGCCAAAGUGGAGAAAGAAAAACAUGCCACAGAGAACAAGGUUAAAAACCUGACUGAAGAAAUGUCAGCUCUAGAUGAAAUCAUUGCCAAGCUGACCAAGGAGAAGAAAGCUCUGCAGGAGGCCCAUCAGCAAACGCUGGAUGACCUCCAGAGUGAGGAAGACAAAGUCAACACACUCACCAAAGCCAAAGCCAAGCUGGAGCAACAAGUGGAUGAUCUUGAGGGAUCCCUUGAGCAAGAAAAGAAGCUGCGCAUGGAUCUUGAGAGGGCUAAGAGAAAGCUGGAGGGUGAUUUAAAAUUGACCCAGGAGAGCAUUAUGGACUUGGAAAAUGACAAACAGCAGAUGGAGGAGAAGCUAAAGAAGAAGGACUUUGAAACUAGCCAGCUCAACAGCAAAAUUGAGGAUGAACAAGCCCUUGGUGCCCAACUCCAGAAGAAACUAAAGGAGCUGCAAGCACGUAUUGAGGAACUUGAGGAAGAGCUGGAGGCUGAGAGAGCUGCUCGUGCCAAAGUUGAAAAGCAGAGGGCAGAUCUGUCCAGAGAACUGGAGGAGAUCAGUGAGAGGUUGGAGGAGGCUGGUGGUGCCACUGCUGCCCAGGUUGAGAUGAACAAGAAACGAGAAGCCGAGUUCCAGAAACUGCGCAGAGACCUUGAAGAGGCCACUCUGCAGCAUGAGGCCACUGCUGCUACACUGAGGAAGAAACAUGCAGACAGUGUGGCUGAUCUGGGAGAGCAGAUUGACAACCUUCAGAGAGUAAAGCAGAAGCUUGAGAAAGAGAAGAGUGAACUAAAGUUAGAGCUUGAUGAUGUGGUGUCCAACAUGGAACAAAUCGUUAAAUCGAAGAGCAACCUGGAGAAAAUGUGCAGAACUCUGGAAGACCAGAUGAGUGAGUACAGAACAAAAGCUGAGGAAGGCCAGCGCACAAUUAAUGAUUUCACCAUGCAAAAAGCCAAGCUGCAAACCGAGAAUGGUGAACUUUCGAGACAGCUAGAAGAGAAAGACUCUUUGGUGUCUCAGCUGACCAGAAGCAAGCAGUCCUACACUCAGCAGAUUGAAGACCUCAAGAGACAACUGGAGGAGGAAGUCAAGGCUAAGAAUGCCCUGGCCCAUGCAGUUCAGUCUGCUCGUCAUGAUUCUGAUCUGCUGAGGGAGCAGUAUGAGGAGGAGCAGGAAGCCAAAGCUGAGCUGCAGCGUAGUCUCUCCAAAGCAAACUCUGAGGUGGCUCAAUGGAGAACCAAAUAUGAAACUGAUGCCAUCCAGAGGACUGAAGAGCUGGAGGAUGCUAAGAAGAAAUUGGCUCAGCGCCUCCAAGAAGCAGAAGAAGCUGUGGAAGCAAUUAAUGCUAAAUGCUCCUCUCUGGAGAAGACCAAGCACAGACUGCAGAAUGAGAUUGAAGAUCUCAUGGUUGAUGUGGAGAGAUCCAAUGCUUCUGCUGCUGCUCUGGACAAGAAGCAAAGAAACUUUGACAAGGUCUUGGCUGAGUGGAAACAGAAGUAUGAGGAGUCUCAGACUGAACUAGAAAGUGCCCAGAAAGAGUCUAGAUCUCUCAGCACUGAACUCUUCAAACUGAAGAACUCCUAUGAAGAGGUCUUGGAUCAGCUUGAGACAAUGAAGAGAGAGAACAAGAACCUCCAAGAGGAAAUUUCUGACCUCACUGAGCAACUUGGAGAGUCUGGAAAAAGUAUUCAUGAGUUGGAGAAGGUUAGGAAGCAGCUGGAGCAGGAAAAAGCAGAGAUUCAGGCAGCAUUGGAGGAGGCUGAGGGUUCCCUUGAACAUGAGGAAGGCAAGAUCUUGAGAGCUCAACUGGAGUUCAAUCAAGUAAAGGCUGAUAUUGAACGUAAGCUGACGGAGAAAGAUGAGGAGAUGGAGCAGGCCAAGAGGAACCAGCAGAGAAUAGUGGAUACCCUUCAGAGCUCACUUGAGUCAGAGACUCGCAGCAGGAAUGAAGCCCUCAGACUGAAGAAGAAGAUGGAGGGAGACCUCAAUGAGAUGGAGAUUCAGCUCAGCCAGGCAAACAGGCAGGCAUCAGAAGCCCAGAAACAACUCAAGGGUCUUCAUGGACAUCUCAAAGAUGCCCAACUGCAGCUGGAUGAUAAUCUUCGUGCUAAUGAUGAUCUCAAAGAGAACAUCGCCAUUGUGGAGAGACGCAACAAUCUGUUGCAGGCUGAACUGGAUGAGUUAAGAUCAAUGGUGGAACAGACUGAGAGAGGAAGGAAACUGGCUGAGCAGGAACUGCUGGACGUCAGUGAGAGGGUUCAGCUGCUGCAUUCUCAGAACACCAGCCUGCUGAAUCAGAAGAAGAAGCUGGAGGGAGAUAAUUCUCAGCUUCAGACUGAGGUUGAGGAGGCCGUGCAGGAGUGCAGGAAUGCUGAGGAAAAAGCGAAGAAGGCCAUCACUGAUGCUGCCAUGAUGGCAGAGGAGCUGAAGAAGGAGCAGGACACCAGUGCUCAUCUGGAGCGCAUGAAGAAGAACAUGGAGCAGACCAUCAAGGACCUGCAGCACCGUCUUGAUGAAGCUGAGCAGAUCGCCAUGAAGGGAGGCAAGAAGCAGGUCCAGAAACUGGAAGCCAGGGUGAGAGAACUGGAAAAUGAGGUGGAGAUGGAACAGAGAAAAUCGAGCGAUUCUGUCAAAGGAAUCCGUAAAUAUGAGAGACGCAUCAAGGAGCUCACCUACCAGACUGAGGAGGAUCGUAAGAAUCUGGCCCGUCUGCAGGAUCUGGUGGACAAACUUCAGCUGAAGGUCAAGUCCUACAAGAGAUCAGCUGAGGAGGCGGAAGAACAGGCCAAUGUUAAUUUGGGCAAGUUCCGUAAGAUACAGCAUGAGCUGGAUGAGGCAGAGGAGAGAGCUGAUAUUGCUGAAUCUCAGGUCAACAAGCUGAGAGCCAAGAGCCGUGAUUCAGGACCAAAGAAAGGACAUGAUGAAGAGUAAUUCUCCACUACAUAGCUUCUGGCUGCUUUGAUGCCAUGCUCAUGUACUAGUUUUGAUGUAGUAUUAAAAUAGCAAUUAUGAA